CACUAUGGUACUAACAUUAAUAAUAAUAAGGAGAAAAUUCAACGUAAAAAAAAAAAAUUAAAUGAUGAUGACUUAUCAUAUAUCGAGUCAGUAACAAUUAUUAGUGAAAGUAAAAAAAUAUCAGCAGAAA